CAACAUUUUGUACACGGUAUAAAACUUUGUUUCUUUCUCCCUCCAAAUUGUUUGUCAUUGAUUGAUUAACCAACAAGUCAAUUUGGUCGACAACGAACAAGCUUGCGUGUACGAUUCAUAAAUCAAACUAAUAAUCCAUUUUCAAUUCGACACAGUUAGGGUUUCAUUUCUUCCAAUUAUGGCCGCCAAUUCCCAUAGAGCUGCUUCUUCUUACGGCGGCGCUGUCCCUUUCCGAUCAAGCGAUGGACUUAGUACCCGACCCGGUGCGGCCUCCGAUGAGAUCCAAUUGCGUAUUGAUCCCAUGGACUUGGAUGAUGAACUCACUGGUCUUCAUACCCAAGUCAGAAGGUUGAAAAAUGUUGCUGAGGAGAUAGGGACAGAAAUGAAGUAUCAGAAAGAUUUUCUGGAACAGCUGCAAAUGACAAUGAUAAAGGCUCAAGCUGGAGUGAAGAAUAAUCUAAGAAGAUUGAACAAGAGCAUCAUCCAAAGUGGUUCGAACCAUAUUGUUCAUGUUAUUUGUUUUGCUUUAAUUUGUUUCUUUGUAGUUUACUUUUGGUCUAAAAUGUCUAGAAAAUGAGACUUAAGAAUUUAAAGACAGCUCCCUGGUUGUAAGAUUUUACUUAAGGUCUCUUUUGAUGACUCAUAUGACAUGAUUUUGUAACUUUGUUGUAAAGAGAGAACUCUGAAAUCUUUUGUAGGUUUCAAAAUAUAUCCGACUUUUGAAUUAUAGUUA